AUGGGGGACGGCGACGCGACGGGCGGCGCCCCCGAUCUAAUCAGCCGCCUCCCCGACGAGGUCCUCGGGGACAUCAUCACCCUUCUUCCCACCAGGGACGGCGUCCGCACGCAGGCCGUGUCCCGGCGGUGGCGGCCCCUCUGGCGCGCCGCGCCUCUCAACCUGCAGGUGGACUACGGCCUCUGCAGCCAGCACACGAACCACGCCAACCUGGCCACCAAGAUCCUCGACGGCCACGACGGCCCCGGCCGGUGCUUCACCAUGCCCGGCUUCCGCCUCCGCAACCGCCUCGCCAUGGUCGACGGCUGGCUGCGCUCCCGAGCCCUCACCGGCCUACAGGAGAUAAACUUCAGCUACUCAACCCUGGACCGGCAGCAGCAGCAGCCGCCGAUGCCGCCUUCGGCAUUACGGUUCACGGCCACCCUACGCGUGGCAAAAUUUGGCCACUGCAAGUUCCCCAACGAGGUCGCGCCGUCGCUGAAGUUCCCCCACCUCAAGGAGCUUUCCCUGGUCAAGGUCACCAUAUCAGAGGACGCAGUUCACGGCCUGCUCUCUGGCUGCUACGUUCUGGAGAUCCUCUUGCUGGAGCGCAAUGUCGGCAUUGGCCGCCUGCGCAUCAGUUCGCCGACUCUGAGGAGCAUCGGCUUUAGUGGACCUUCAGAGGCCAUCGAGUUCCAUGAGCUGGUCGUAGAGGACGCUCCUCGCCUUGAGAGAUUGUUGCCACUUCACCCCGACCAGGGUCCGGCAACCAUCCGUGUGAUGAGGGCACCUAAACUCGAGACAGUGGGAUUGCUUUCAGCUCACAUCUCCAAACUCGAGUUUGGAACCACAGCUUUUCAGGAAAUGAUUGCCCUAAGCUUGGGAACCUAGAUGGCCACUGUAAAGGUUUUAGCCCUUGAGUCUUUGGGGCCUAAUCUGGACUCAGUUCUUGACUUCCUCAAAUGUUUCCCCUGUGUGGAGAAACUAUAUAUCACAUUUAAUCGAUUGAAGACAAUGAAGAAUGCACGGAUCUAUAAUCCACUUGAUCCGAUUGAAUGCCUUGAGGUUCACCUAAAAAAAGUGGUCGUGACCGAUUACCGCGGCAUGAGACCAGAUGUUGACUUAGCCAAGUUCUUCGUUUUGAAUGCGAAGGUGCUAAAGGAAAUGUAUUUUGGAGUCGUCAACAGCAGCUGCAACGACAAGUGGAUGACUAAUCAACGUAGACGGCUUCAACUAGACAACAAAGCUUCACCAGGUGCUCGAUUUGCAUUUGGGCGUGGUUAUCGAGGCAAUUUUCUACCCGAAGUUUGGAGGGAUGAUCCCUUUGAGUGGUUAUGCGAAGAUUUCCAUGGAUUUGCCAGAAUUUUGGAUUGAUGAUCAGAAAGGGGACUACAAAAAAACAUGUUUAUCUUGAUUCAAAAAGUUUUGAUCAGCUAUAUACAUGCUUGUGU